CUGUGCACACUCCGGCCAGCAGGCGGUGGCAUGGGCACAAAAACAAGUGUGAAUGAAGGAAGCACAAUUUCAAAACACGGUUGAACUUGAGACAGCUGAGUAAGCUGAUUUACAAGAGAACAUAUGUAGAUUUAAAACUUGUAAAGCAUUAGAGUAACAAUGGACAGGAGUUUAGGGACAGUUACAUCGCUUAAGGCGUUAGGGUACCCGGGAUGCGCGUGCCUCAGAAGGUGCCAGUGUGACGAGCUCCCCUGUCCUCUGCUCACCUGGCUGGCAACUGAGCUGAGAACCGUCUGUCCAGAUUUAAAAGGCUCAUCCAGGACAGGUGACAUCUUAUUGGUAGGAGAGCUGAGAAAGUUACUGUCAAACAUGUUCAUUCCCCUCACUGUGGUUUCAUCAGAGGCGCUCGAGCCGUCCAUCCUUAACCAAGUCACUGAGUUCCUUGUAUCAGAGUUGCAAGCAGCUCGCAUAAUGAAGUAUAAGGAAUCGCAUGCUGAGGAGAAGACAGCAGAAGAGGAGUCUGUAAAGGAGCAGAGAGUUGAAGAUCACAGCUGUGAACUUGAUGACUUUUGCCAGGAAUAUGCAGAUGAUGAUGUUUCUGUCAAAAGGAAGGCUGAGAUGCAGGCAGAAUGGAUAUUACUGCUGCGUGCGCUCGACAUGGAUGCCUCCUGUCAAAUGACAGAUGUGUUGAAAGAGGUGGAUUUGAGGCUUGCUCGCCUUCCAUGUGGGGACAUGACAAACCCGCUUCUCAAGACCAGCCUCAGCCCAGAGCAGUGGACACGAGUUCAUAAAAUCAAUGAAGUUCUGUCAGAGGAUUAUAAGUGUCGACGACAGAUGAUUAUUAAACGUUUUCAGGUCACACUUGAGUCAUUUGCAUGGGGAGAAAAUCAAAAGCAACGCAGUGAAGCUCUGGCAUCAGUGCCACCUUUAUCAUCCCUUGCUGGCUCCCCUCGAGUCUCUCUGGCUCUUCUAAUCGCUGCCAGAGAGGAUCAGUCCACCAAUGAACCAAUCAAGGCUGGAAAAAGCACCCCAGUCUAUAAGACGUUGAUGGGCAGCGUACCAGACAGGGGAGGACGACCAGGGGAAAUUGAACCACCAAUGCCAGCAUGGGAUGACAGAAGAUCUAAAGGACACAGAUCAGGACGAGGAGGUGGACACCAUCAGCGACGUAAUUUUCCCGAUAAAAAGAAGAAAGGAAAAAAAGAAUAAUAUGUUUGUUUCUUGACUUUACAUAAAAAUGAAGUAGUGAUAUAUCUUUAUUUCAAUCAUUUAAUUAGAUAAAGAAUGGCCAUUGAAUGCUGCAUCUAUAAUCAUUUUAUAUUAUACAAAUGUGCGUUUACUGUAAUGCACUGGCAUUUUGGUUGUUUUGAACAAGAAAAUAAACUUAAUUUUUUA